AUGGCGUCUCUACCCUUCGUGGGAACUUUAGAUUCAGAUGACGAUGUUGACCAGUUGGAUAACGAAAGCGAUAGCGAAGAAGAAGCAGAAGAGAUUGUUAGGAGCAGCAGAACUAAGAAGAAAGGAAGUUCGUCUUUUGAUAAUGAUUUCCAGUUCAUUUCCGGAGAGGGGUUUGAAGAUGGCAAUGAAGAUCCGUGGAAUCUGGAUGCAGCCAUUAGAUUUGCAAAACACAAACAAGAAUCGAAUAAUAACUCAUCAAGCCUUCAAGACAAAAUAGUGAAGAGAAGAGAGUUAAAGAAGCAGAGGAAAUCAGAGAAGGAGAACUUACUUAGUCAAACUAUAGUUGGGGAAGAAGAUGACAUCAAAAAUCAGAGUAAAGGGAAACAAGAAAAGGAGAUGGAAGGGAAUGGUGUGAAUAACAUAGACAAUUCCAUACAAAAUUCAGAUGAUGAAGACAGCACUUCAGAAGAUGAAGAAACUAUUGAUAAGGUUACUGAGAAGAAAAAUAAGUUUUUUGAAGAACCUCCACCUCAGCUGAAACAUCAAAAUUUUGCAACAAUGAAUUUGUCAAGACCUUUAUUGAAGGCUAUAAAUGAGUUGGGAUUCAAUCACCCCACACCUAUACAGGCAUCAACUGUUCCAGUGGCCCUGAUGGGUAAAGACAUCUGUGCGUGUGCAGCUACAGGAACAGGUAAGACAGCAGCCUACAUGCUUCCAAUACUGGAGAGACUGAUUUACAGACCACAACAGUCUGCCGUGACAAGAGUGCUCAUUUUAACUCCCACCAGAGAACUUGCCAUUCAGGUGCACUCUGUGACCAAAACCUUGUCCAAACACACAAACAUCCAGGUCUGCCUGGCCACAGGUGGUUUGGAUAGUAAGGUUCAAGAAGCAGCAUUGAGGAAAGGACCUGACAUUGUGAUUGCUACACCUGGGAGGCUUGUGGAUCAUCUGCAUAACACUCCUUCUUUCAGUCUACAAACUUUGGAGAUUAUUGUCCUGGAUGAAGCUGACAGGAUGCUUGAUGAGAACUUUAAAGAUCAGAUGGAAGAAAUUGUCAAACUUAGUCCACGAGGAAGGCAAACAAUGUUGUUCUCGGCUACAAUGACAGACGAGGUGGAGGAACUUGCAACUCUUUCACUGAAUCAACCAGUGAGACUGUUUGUGGACAAUAACACAGACGUGGCCCACAACUUGAGACAAGAGUUUGUAAGGAUCAGGAACAACAGGGAGGAAGACCGUUUAGCUAUCGUGACAGCGCUUUGCAGUCGAACUUUCCAAGAACACUGCCUGGUAUUCUUACAAACGAAAAACUUGGCUCACAGACUACGUAUCGUCUUAGGGCUCCUCGGGUUGAAUGUUGAAGAACUUCAUGGGAACUUGACUCAGCUUCAG